GUGAACCAAGCGGUAUUAUUCGGUGGGGAACCGUCGUCCAGUGAACAACUAAGUACGCGAUACGCAAGUCAACGGAAGCUCCCCAAUUGAAGAGAGGGUAAUUUCACAACGUCGCUCAAUCGUUUGCACUGUGAAAGCAGAAGGUGUGCAAAAGUGAUCCUACACUGAAGGGCUCUCGAGCGAAGUGCAGAGCAAACAAACGACGCCUUAUCUUAAGGUGCAACCGGUUCCGAAAUCGUCCAACCUGGCUAAGUUCUACUACGGAUCAUACUACGGACAGUCAAAAAUGGUGAUUGCUAAAACAAGCGACUCAUACAUGAUGGCCAGCAAAGCUGGCUUCAAAACAGUUGGAAUCGGACAGAACGUCCGAUCGACACUGGUCAAGGCCCACGCGGAAUCACGAGUCGUAGUGGGGAUGGCCAAUGCCAUCCGAAGCCUCACAGAAAACCCGAACAACUACCAGUUCUGCUUCAUGGUUCCACCACAGCACAACGACAGUGGUGCUCACAUGCAGGAAGUUCUUCUGGAGGCGUUCUGCUUCGAGAACGACAUCUACAUAAUCAAAGUGGACAGUGCAGAAAAACUCAGCCGGCUACUGGGCUCGUCCGACUUGGCCUCCUGCGCUUUGGUGAACAAACCAAUCAACCACUCCACAACCAACGCCGGAUCGGAGCUGCAAUUCUCACGCAGUGAAAACAUUCUCAUCGACCAUUGCGAGCUGCACUGGGACGAGCCGGUGAAACCGAUUAUCAAAUUACCGGAAAAGUGAACUCCUCCCACGGCAGAUGGUCAAUAUUGUUUGAACAGUGUUACCACAAUGUGAAA